GACGAUUUUUGAACUUAAAUUCUCUGUUUGUAUUUUAAUAAUUAGUUGCUAAAUUCAAGAACAAAAAUUGAAAGCACAUGGACCCUCGACUCUUUCUAGUACCAAAAAAGCAACUUUUCUUCUCAAACAUCACAUUUCACUGCACCGUUCCCUAAAUUCUUGUUUUUUCAAUUAUUAGUAUUAUAAGUUUGAACUUCAAACCAUGACUUGAACUCAAACCACCAUUAGCGAAGGCAUGGCAGAAGUAACUUCAAAAGAUUGCAACAUUAACAUGAAGGAUAUCACCCGACAAGUACCAAACAAGAAUGAUCCAGUUGAAGCUCUCACCUCAAGAAAUGGAGAUUCAGCUCAAAAGAUUGAAAAUAUCGAUGAAGAACCCGAAGAAAAAGGUACAAGUUUCGGAAUAUUCAUGUUCUUCAUCAUUCUUGAGUCAGCUGCAUUAUUAUGUGUAAUGGGUGUUUUAAUUUCUAGCUUAACAGUGGAAAAACUGAAAAAACCUAUAUUUUGGAGUCUUGGUAUUUGGAAAUGGUGUUUAUUAGCAUUAUCUAUACUCUGCGGAAGAUUAAUUUCGUAUCUUUUAACUGAAGCUACACUCUUCUUGAUUUGGACUUUCUGGCUUGAUGAGAAAGUUCUUUACUUUGCUUAUGGAGUCAAAAAAAGUGUUAUGUUUUUUAUCUGGUUAAGUUUAGUAACCCUAGCUUGGGGUUUAUUGUCUACACUCGGAGUUAACCGGAGCAAAGAGACAACCGAGAUUCUCCACGAUGUAACCAAGGGUCUCGGCGGUUGUCUCAUCGGAGCCGCCUUAUGGCUGUUGAAAACUCUGUUUGUUAAGCUAAUUGGUUCUUUACAUGCUACUAAGUUGUUCCAGAAGAUUAGGGAGGCGAUUCGCCUUCGAAAAGUUGUUCUUGCGCUUUCUGUUUUGAACAUGUCGAUGGAGUAUACGGGUAGAAAGAAGUCGAAAAGUGUUUCAGUUAGGUUUACGAGGCUUGUUCGAGCGUUUUCGAUUGCGGAUAUUGAUGAUAUUGAUUCGGAGAAGCAGAAGGGGAACAAGGUUUCGAUUUUUCGAGAGAAAGUUGCGGAAAUUGUAUGCAAGAUGGGGUUAAAGAAGAAGAGUAAAGAAAAAGCUGAUGGGGUUUCGACUCAUACUAUGAUCGAGUUGAUCAAUGCGAUUCGGGGUAAGAAAUUGAUCCCUCUUACUUAUAUCACCACCAAGAAGAAGAAUAAAGAUGGGGCAGUUGCUUAUGGAAACAACAUUAAUGAGAAGAUGGCUAAAGCACUCAGAGCUGCUCAAGAGAUUACUGAUGAGGCAGAAGCAAAGAUUGCUGCUAAUGAUUUGUUCAGUACACUUGCAGGGUCUGAAGAUGCCGGGUAUUUGGAUUUGGAAACACUAUUAGAGUUUGUGAAAGAUGAGAAAGUGAAGGAUCAGUUAUAUGGUUUAGCAGAAGACAAAUGCAAAAAAACUGAAGCUUUAAUGACUAUUGCAGAAAAUGAACAAAUGGUUUUAGAGCCAGAACAGAGCAAAGCAGAAGGAAAACAGAGCAAUAUAGAGGAAAAACAUAUCAAGAAAUCAGUUUUUAGGAACUGGGUGGUUGACAUAUAUAGGGACCAUGACUCACUGAACAACACAUUAAAGCAUAGCAAAACAGCAAUAGACGAACUGAAUGUGAUUGCUUCAGUGAUUGUGCUGUUUAUAAUCACCGUAAUGUGGUUAAUUUUCAUGGAAUUUCUGCCCACAAAGUUACUUCUGUUUCUAUCCUCGCAACUUCUGCUGGUGGCUUUCAUGUUUGGUAACACAGUCAAGACUGUUUUUGAGGCUGUCAUUUUCGUGUUUGUGGUACACCCUUUUGACGUCGGCGAUCGUUGUGUUAUCCAGGGUGUUCAGAUGGUGGUGGAUGAGAUGAACAUAUUGACUACAACUUUCUUGAGAUUCGAUGGUGAAAAAAUAUACUAUCCCAAUUCAGUUCUAUCAGUCAAACCCAUCAGCAACUUCUACAGAAGUCCACCGAUGAUGGACACACUAGAAUUUGCAAUUGAUCUGCGUACUCCGACAGCAACCAUCGAACAGCUGCAAGAGAAAAUAAAAACGUAUUUGGAAGAUAAUCCGAGGCGGUGGCGACAUGAUCACAGUGUGCAAUUCAAGGAGAUUGAAGAUGUGAAUAAAAUGAAAGUUGCAGUGUUUGUGAAUCAUACCAUAAACUUUCAGAACAUUGGUAAGAAAGGUAAAAGAAGAUCCGAGCUUGUUCUUGAAAUGAAGAGAAUUUUCGAGGAGCUUAGGAUUGAAUAUCAUUUGCUGCCUCAACCAGUUCAUCUGAUGAAUUAUGCUGAAUCCACAGCUUCUCAGGUUCCAUUUACAGGAAAGCAACCUUACUACUGAGUUUUUAGAUUGAACGCCUCGAUAUGUUGCGCGACUGACGUGGCACAACCGUUGCAUUCUAUAAUUAUUCUUACUAUUAUACUUUAGGAAGUGCUAAAAAUUAUGUCUCAAUUACUAAUAGAUAAAAGAAGUUUGAUUAGUUGGAUCUUUUAGGCCUUAUUAGUUUGGCCAGUCAGGAACCUCUUAUUUUUGGUUAUGGAUUUUUGAAAAGGUUCCUCAUUCAUAUUUUGACCCUGUCGACGAGCUUAUGUAAUCUUAUUUAAUUAGUAUUUCACCUUUUCGAUUUUUUUAA